AUGUCAACCAAUAAGUUUUAUGUAGAGAGCGAUUUCGAGCACUCAGACUCGGAAUCCAGUCGUCUAAUGCUUUCGGGCAAUCCUAUAAAGACGAUAGGACCAGAGGCAUUUAAAUUUGGUGAUUAUCCUCUGCAAAUGAAUCCUGAUAAUUCAUACACAGAGGCUAUCGAACUCAACAUAUGGAUACAUUAUGAUCUUAUUGGAGUUCUGUUGACCACAGGAUUCAGAGAAGUACCUGACAAUAGCUGGGAUUAUGUCACACUUCUACCAUGUCCACUGGGAACAUUUUCUAACUCUUCCUCAGAAAGAAUUCAAGGAUGCACGGAAUGCUCUCCAGGUGGUUUUUAUUCUGACGAUUUUGGUUAUGUGGCCCAAGACUGCAAGAAAUGUCCAAAUGGCUCUUAUGUUCCAUAUGACCAAACUCCAGGAAAAUCAGUCCUUGAUUGCAAGACAUGUCCCCAAGGUACAGAAACUGACUUUUUCGCUGGAUAUCGUGCUUGUGUGUGCCUGGAAGGUUAUUAUCGAACUCAUCUAUUUGAGGAAAGCUACAAAUGUGGUCAAGGUGGACUGUUAUGCCAAGAUGACUACGCUUCUUUGAAAACAGGCCACUGGUGGCAAUGGAGUAACGAGACAUACAAACAGCGUUACAGAGAAUUUAUCGAAAAUCUUUUGGCAUCCUCACCAGCAUUGGAUAAUUCCUCCAUAAAAUUCCCUUUUCCGAUUCCAACGCCUUACAAGUGCCCAGUAGAAUAAUCUUGUAUAGGUGGUUUGGAUUCACUGUGUGAGAAUGGGUACGAAGGGCCACUCUGUGGAGUUUGCAGUACAGGAUACUAUAAGCAGCUGCAGGUAUGCAUACAAUGUCCAUCAAAGAAGCUUAAGUGGAUUGCAGGACAGUUGUUAAUCAUAGUAACUAUUGUGCUGAUCAUCGUUGUACUUGUGGUGUGGAAGACCAAAAGAAACACUGAUAAGUACCGCGGACGCUUCCUAGUAGACAUGUUAUUCUCCAAGCUUAAGAUCGUCAUCGGCUUUUAUCAGGUUACUAAUGGCCUACUGGAGGCUUUCUCUUACAUAAAAUGGCCGGGAUCUUUGGAAGUUAUCGCCAAGUAUUCAGGAAUACUCCAGAUGAAUUUAUUUCAGAUAACACCCGUUAACUGCCUCUCUCCGGGAUUACACUUAGAUGCCUUUGGAGACUUAUGCCUGAUUAUGUCAUUGAAUUUCGCUGUCAUUGGCACUUUUGGAGUUGUUUACGGGAUGUACAAGUUAAUCAUCUUAAAAAAUCAAAACCUUGAUGACGAAGAAAAGUCAAACAGAAUCUCACAGACAAAAGAGUUUGUGUACAAGAAUUUGUUUUUCUUCAUGUAUGUCACUUAUCUGAGCACGUGUUCCAAGACAGCCAGUGUCCUGCCGUUUGCCUGCCGAGAGCUUUGCAGAGAUGAAAAAGAAGAACUAUGCAAAGCGUACCUCAAAGCAGAUUACAGCGUACAGUGCCAAGUAGCAAAGUACAACUACUUGCUCAUCGUGACAUACAUUUCCACCGCAUAUAUCAUUGCCUUACCUGCGGCCUCAUUCAUCGCCCUCUGGAGAAAACGCAGAUUAGCAUUAGCCUCAACGAACAGGGAUACAGGAUCUAGCACAGAAAUGAUCACAGGAUUGGGUUUUCUCUUUGAAAACUACCAACCUCGUUCAUGGUAUUGGGAACUGGUUGAAAUGUCUCGUAAGGUAAUCCUGACAUCUGUUCUCUUUCUCGUGGGACAAGAGAGCCGAUCCUACAUUGGUUUGGCAUGGGUCGUCGCUGGAAUGUAUGGAAUUGUUUUCUGUUGGGUCAAACCCAUCCAAGAUGCGUUCGAGAACAGAUUGAUGUCUACAUCUCUCGCCGUCACUGUUUUCAACUUGGGUAUUGGAGCCGUAAGUCGAAUUCCAGCCGAGAAUAUACCAGGCUUGAUUGACCGUGACACAGAGGCAGUGACAUUCAAGAUAUUGAUAAUUGGGGCAAACACGUUAGUGAUUGGCCAGCUUGCUGGUAAGAUGUACCAUUAAGGAAUAAAUUGGUUUACCAAAUAUUAUCUCGAUGAUUUCUUAUUUUCAUGUUUAUUUGAAGCCUCGUUGAGAACUGCAACUUGUUAAGUUUAGUUAACAAUUGUUUCCCGCAAUAGAGGUGGCUAGUUGGGGUCGUUAUAUAGCUGGAGUUUAAUUGAAUCUAAUGGGUGUUCUUAUUUAUGCGUUCUUAUCAUUGUUUUUUUUUUCUAAAAUCUCGGAAAAACAAAACUAAGGCCUAGGGCAAACGUCGACUUAAUUCUAAAGAGUCGACUUAAUUCCAGCGUGGUAGCAAACGUCGAACCUGCGUCAUCCUACUUCACAAGUUGCACUUCAUUAAAACACGGGAAUAAGCACGUCUCCCCGUGCUAUUCACUCUAUGCGCGACUAGUUACUGCUAGGACUUUCUAGCGAAAUGCCGAUACUCUUCUCUUCAGACAACGGUAGACCCGGCACGGCUCUCUUUAGGUCCCUGUCACAAGCCUCGCAGUAUGCAAUGUAACGAUAAGUCUUACGGCUCGCUUGUCGUGUAUUGGCCUGCACUUGGGAAUUUGGCAAAUAUCUAGAUUAACAGCUAAAACACUUGACGGGUGAACGGAUAAAUGGUUUGGCAAAUAGUGAUCUUCGCUGAGAAACGUUGCGGAGCGGGGAAUAACUCUGCUGAGCCACUGGCUUGACAGCCGGCACUCGUUACGUGAUGCCAGAGGCACAGGGAACUUGUUUCUAUGCUCUACUCCAGCGACGACACAGUAGAAAACCAGGAAACUUCUUUGGAACUCAACAAAUCUUUAUUCUUGACAGUACUUCACACUAUCUCAUAGUAUAAGCUGAUUUUGGUAAUCUAUUUACAACAGUUUUCGCGUUACUUAUGUACUAACUUAGGUAAAUACAGUUGUCUUUCGCUAUUGGUUUCUACUACAAAAGAUAUGUAUUGUGCAUGAGGACAAAAUUAGUUUUUCAUGCGAAAGAUUGAUGUAUCUAUUAUUUCCAUU